UUAUAAAUUUCCGUUUAAAUGAUUCCAAGUCGCAGAUGACGUGAGGUUCGUUGUGGGAUAGGUAAUCGAUUUAAUUAUUGUGGUUUUCUGCCAUGUGAAAGUGAUUUGAGUUUGAUAACACCUGUGAUAUAAUUUGAUACCGUGUUGGUCAAAAGUACUUCACUGCACUCGAGGGAAAAAGCAAUUUGGUGUACGAAACUUUCCAACCUAAGCAAUGGAUGAAUUAAGAGAACAGGAUGCUAGCAAACUGAAGAAGAAACACCCUAUCGAAAGGGCCAAUGUGUUCUCCCUUGCAUUUUUCUGUUGGUUAUUACCAUAUUUCGCAAAGGGAUUUAAGAGGGAACUUAACGAAGAUGAUAUGUAUGGGCCUCUCAAAACCCAUGAAUCUAGGAGAUUAGGAGAUAAAUUGGAGGCGGCUUGGCAAUAUGAAAUUGCAAAUAAAAAGAACCCUUCGUUAUGGAGGGCUGUACUUAAAGUAUUCAGGAAGCAAUUAUUGCUAUAUGGUGUUUUCAAUUUCUUCAUUGAAUUUGUUGUAAGGUUAUCUCAACCUCUGAUUCUGUCAGAACUCCUCAAGUAUUACGAACCCAAUCAGACUACAAUGACCAGAAACGAUGCUUAUUUGUUCUCCGUACUUCUUGUAGUCUCAAAUUUCCUGAGUGUUAUGUGUAUUCAUACCUAUCAGCUUCAUGUAAUGCACUUAGGAAUGAAACUGAGAGUAGCUGCAUGUUCCUUAAUUUAUCGAAAAGCAUUGAAACUCAGCAAAUCAUCACUUGCCGAAACAACAAUCGGACAAAUGGUAAACCUGAUCUCAAACGAUGUUGGUAGAUUCGAUUUCGCAAUGCAACAUAUCCAUAACUUGUGGAUAGCGCCAGUUGAAACGAUAGUUGUUAUGUGCCUUCUUUAUUUCUACGUCGGAUCUACGGGACUGAUUGGAGCUGUAUUUUUGCUGCUCUUUAUUCCCUUCCAAAUGUAUAUGGCAAAGUUAACGUCAAAGUUUCGAUUAAGAACAGCUCUAAGGACUGAUGAGAGAGUGCGUUUAAUGAACGAGAUCAUCUCAGGAAUACAAGUUAUUAAAAUGUACACAUGGGAAAAACCAUUCUCAAAAUUGGUACAAAUAACAAGAGUGAGGGAAAUCAGCCAGAUUCGGGCAACUUCGAUAAUUCGAUCUAUAAUGAUGUCCUGUAAUUUGGUAUUGAAUAGAGUGGCCAUCUUCUUGUGCAUUGUAACUUAUGUAGUAACAGGAAACACCCUCAGUGCAUCAUACGCUUACACUGUGACUUCGUUCUAUGGGAUUUUAAGAAUGGCUGUAACAAUGUUUUUCCCACAAGCCAUAACACAAUUCGCAGAAACUAAUGUAUCAGUAAAUAGACUUAAAAAGUUUUUGUUAUAUGAGGAAACAACUGAAACAGAUUGUAUCGAUUUACAAAAGGAUGAACAGAAAUAUGGUAUGAAUGGUACAUUGCCAAUUGGUUACAAACACUCCGUUGGUAUACAUCUGAACAAAGCUUCAUUGAAAUGGAUACAUUCCUUGCCUGAAAACACUUUGAAUAAUAUAACUUUCGAAGUUAAUUCUAAAGAACUGGUGGCAAUUGUUGGUACAGUUGGAGCUGGAAAAACUACUCUUCUUCAUGCAAUAUUGAAGGAACUGCCUGCACAAGAGGGAUCAAUAGAUAUUCAAGGAACUGUAUCGUAUGCCUCACAAGAACCAUGGUUAUUUGGAGGUAGCGUCAGACAAAAUAUUGUUUUUGGACAACCAUUCGACCAGAAGAAAUAUGAAGAAGUAAUUAGGGUAUGCUCGUUAGAAAGAGAUUUAAGACUUUUUCCUUAUGGGGAUCGAACUCUUGUUGGAGACAGAGGUGUAACUCUAAGCGGUGGUCAAAGGGCUAGGAUCAAUUUAGCCAGAGCUAUUUACAAAGAUGCAGACAUAUAUUUACUAGAUGAUCCUUUGUCUGCUGUGGAUACCCAUGUUGGAAAGCAGUUAUUUGAUAACUGCGUGUGUGGGUAUUUAAAAGAUAAAUGUGUGAUACUUGUAACCCAUCAACUUCAGUAUCUGAGAAAUGUGAACAAAAUUUACUUGCUGGAAAAUGGAAAAAUCGCAGCUUCGGGUUCUUAUUCCGAACUUCAGGCUUCCGAGAGUGAGUUUACAAAGCUUUUAGCUGAUAGCAAAGAAGAGGAAGAUGAAAAAUCGGAAAGGAGAUCAAAGCUCCUUGACAAAAAAGAGAAAGAAGAAGACAAUGCAGAAGCACCGACACAAGAGAAGGAAGAACGUGGUUCAGGAAUUAUAUCUUGGUCUGUUUAUAAAAGUUAUCUACGAGCUGGUGGUAGUUGGUUUAAAACCAUCACACUAUGUAGUGCUUUUGUCAUCUCUCAAAUAGUUGCUAGUUCAACUGACUAUUUUGUUACAAUUUGGUCCAAUACAGAGCAAUGGCGAUCUGAACAUAUUUUAAACGUAAAUCAAAUAUUUACAAAUAUCACCCUCAACUCAACAAAUAAUCCUACUACAGAAUCUGGAGAAAGUUCUCAAUAUUUCCUAAGUGACAUUCUUACUGAUAGAAACGCCAUUAUUAUUUAUAGCUGUUUAGUGUGUAGUACGAUGUUGAUAACAGUAUCAAGAUCGAUAGCAUUCUUUAGAUUCUGUAUGACAGCCUCAACUAAUCUGCAUAAUAAGAUGUUCGAAAAGAUAGUUUACGCUACUAUGAGGUUCUUCAAUACCAAUCCACCGGGCAGGAUUUUGAACAGAUUUUCGAAAGAUAUCGGUGCCGUUGAUGAAACAUUACCAAUUACCAUUGUGGAUACUGUACAGAUUGGUUUAACAGUUUUAGCCAUUUCCAUUGUCAUUGGGUCACUGAAUCCAUGGAUUUUCUUGCCAACUAUUAUCAUUCUAACUAUAUUCUACUGCAUAAGAUUAGUGUUCUUGGCGACAAGUAGAGAUGUCAAACGAGUAGAAGCUGUCACAAGAAGCCCAAUGUAUACCCAUCUAUCGGCGUCACUACAGGGUCUUACUACCAUCAGAGCUUUUGGAGCUCAAGAGAUAUUGAAAGUAGAAUUUGACAACUACCAAGAUAAAUACAGUGCCGCAUUCUUUAUGUUUUUGUCAGCUAAUAGAACGUUUGGAUUCUGGUUGGACUUUCACUGUAUAAUUUAUCUAUGUUUAGUUAUCGUCAGCAUUCUAUUUAUUGAAAGCGAAAUAUUUGGUGGCAAUGUCGGGUUGGCGCUGACGCAGUCAAUUGGACUUACCGGGAUGUUCCAGUGGGGAAUGAGGCAGUGGAGCGAAUUGGAAAAUCAGAUGACCUCAGUAGAAAGGAUUCAGGAGUAUACAAAUAUAAAUCCGGAAAUUGAUACAGUAGCUAAAGAUCCACCAAAAUUUUGGCCAGAGGCUGGCGGAAUCAAGUUUAUCAAGUUGUGUCUCAAAUAUUCCCCGGAUGAGCCCGAUGUACUUAAAGAUCUCACAUUUGAAAUUAAACCUAAGGAAAAGGUGGGAAUUGUCGGAAGAACCGGAGCCGGAAAGUCGUCUCUAAUAGCUGCUCUCUUCCGUUUGACUGAAAUCGAAGGAAAAAUUUUAAUAGAUAACCUGGAUACAAAAGGAGUACCUCUGCAUGUUCUCAGAUCAAAAAUAUCUAUUAUACCUCAAGAACCAGUACUGUUCUCUGGUACCCUUAGGAAGAAUCUGGAUCCCUUUGAUGAAUAUAAUGAUGAGAUAUUGUGGAAUGCUUUGGAUGAAGUCGAAUUGAAAUCUGCCGUGUCUGACCUACCGGCAGGCUUAGAUAGCAAAGUGUCAGAGGGUGGGUCCAAUUUCAGUGUUGGACAGCGGCAGUUAUUGUGUUUGGCUAGAGCUGUGAUACGCAACAAUAAAAUAUUAGUCAUGGAUGAGGCCACGGCCAACGUAGAUCCACAAACAGAUGGACUUAUCCAAAAUACCAUUAGGAGGAAAUUUGCUGACUGUACAGUAUUAACUAUUGCUCACAGACUGCACACUAUAAUGGAUUCGGAUAAGGUGCUUGUGAUGGACGCAGGAAGAGUUGCUGAGUUCGAUCACCCCUACAUACUUUCUCAGAAUUCCAAUGGAGUUUUUACUGGACUGGUGAAGCAGACGGGAAAAGCUAUGGCCGAAAACUUAUUUUCUAUAGCAGAAGAGACUUUUAAAUCUAGUAAUAACUAGAAAAUUUUAUUUAUAUUUUAUACGUGGCAUUAUUUAUAAUCCACUUUAGAACAUUUAGUAUUAGUAGCAAAAAUUUUAAUACAUAUACCUAAUACUACUUAAAACAUUUCAUGUGAUUUUGUGCCUGUCAACUUAUUUAUAAAUUAUUUGUUUGUUAAUAAAUAGUG